CCCAUUUCUUGACGGGUCCCACUCUGCCCAUGAAGAAAUGGUGUUGAAUUAGUGGUGGUGGUUUUGUGGUUACUAUGUUCCCACCCAAGUCUAGCAUCAGAACCACAUUUCAGUUUCUUGUUCUUCCAUUCACCUCAGAACAUGGUUUAGCAGAUGAACUACAAGUUUUCAGAAUAUUUGGUUCUGCGGUAGCAAAUUGUGUGCUUUGGUGACUCUAGUUUUGUUCGCCAUGAACUUAGAGUUUCUGGGUAAAUUCCCUUGGUUUAAUGCUCAGUUGAUUCCAUAUUCAGUGACUAACUCAGUUCCUACCAAAGCUUUAACUGAACAACCUAAAGAAGAAUCUGGAGAUGAACCAAAACUGCCCUUCAUUUCAUUGUUUCCUUGGGGAAAGAGUGCUGGAGACAAAUUUCAAAGGCCAUCUACUAUCAAUAAAGGGUUAAGGAGGAAAGCACAACGUGGAGGGAAUGGUGUAAGGGAAGAUGGUGAGGCUAUACCUUUGCACUUCCGGCCAUAUGUGUGUAAGGUUCCAUGGCAUACAGGGGUUAGAGCAUUUCUUUCUCAGCUGUUCCCCAGAUAUGGACAUUACUGUGGACCAAACUGGUCAAGUGGGAAGGAUGGAGGAUCUCUUGUUUGGGACAGGAGACCAAUUGAUUGGUUGGAUUUCUGCUGUUACUGCCAUGAUAUAGGGUAUGAUACUCAUGAUCAAGCUAAGCUGCUGAAGGCUGACUUAGCUUUUCUAGAGUGUUUGGAAAAGCAGCAUGGGAGAACUAAAGGAGAUCCUCAUGUUGCUCAUCUUUACCAGACAAUGUGUAUUAAUGGUCUGAGGAAUUUUCUGAUACCUUACAGAAGGAAUAUAGUAAAUCUGCAACAUUUUGGGCAACCUUUGAUUCAGUUUGGAUGGCUAAGCAAUUUGAGAUGGAAAAGUUGGAACUUUCAGAAAACUCAUGGAUUGAACUCAGUUGGGGGAAGUACCAUGUCAUAAAUUAUGAUUGUUAUCUAUUUUUUGAAGUGUGCAGCCCUGAACCCUCACCAAGUUUCUUCAGUUUUAAACUUCUGUUGGCUAGAGCAUGCUUCUUAUUCUCAUGGCUUCGACGUUUUGUAUAGACUAUAGUGUACAUAGCUUGCGUUGUAAAUUGGAACUUUUGGUGUUCUGUGACUACUUGGUGCCGCAAACCAAUGCGUCACUAUUGAAAAUCAUUAGGUUUGUGAACUGUGAACUGUAACUUUGUUUGCUUAUAUUUGAAGACUUAGCUUAUGCUAUGUGUAGCUAUUGGCAUGUGUUGUGUACUAUAUAAUUAUUAGGAUGUCUGUAAUUAGAAGGAAGUAACAAUAUUUGUUUUGGCUCAAAAUAGGAUAUUUUCUAUACUACAGAACAUAAUUGUAUUUAUAUAAAGCAUCUGCAAAAAUGUGCAGUGAAAUGAAUUAUCAAAAUAUACUUUUCAGAUACCUUUUUGACAUAGUACCAAAGCAGGUUUGAUCCUGCAUUACACAAACCUGAAUCAAAAACCUUGUAUGAGAUGAAACUUGUCAAUUUGAAUUGAAUCAAAGGUCUUUUUUUGACCUAACAACAUGAUCCCUCACAACCUACCACAAUCGUUGUCCAUUCUAGUAUUAUUGGUAAGAUGUUUGAAUUCUUUACAACUUUUAAGAAUUUGCUUGAAUCUUUGAUAGAGUCCAGCUGAUCAUAUAGUUAAGGACUCCCAUUACAAACAAUUUCUAAUUUUUCUUCACUCCAUUAUCACUGUCAUGUCACCAAUGGAAGUAUCUCUCCCAUUACCAAUAUAUGGCUUGCUGUUUUUGUAUGAAAAUAUAUUCUUAUUGUCUCAUACAAUUUGUUAUUUGUCAACAAAAAUACCCUUUUUCUUGCUUGCACUAUAACUUCGGUCAUCAUGUUUCUGUUUCUAGGACAUUCUGACCAACAAGAUUCUUAGUCGUGUUGUUAUGCAGGGGAAGCUCUACUAUUUUUGGAGUUGCUAAAAAACAUAUGAUAAAAAUUCGAAUCAAGCCAGCAAAGAAGACAAAAGAAGAACAUCUUUCAUUUGCGUAUUUACAAAUGUUGCAAUCACAAUUUUUAAUUUUGGA